AACAAAAAGAAAAGGUCGCAAACUUUUCCAUGAAUCCUUGGUGUCACCACAUGUUCUUGAUGUAAAUUAGUGAGAAGUUAUCAGAGAUUCAUAGGGAAUUUGUUUUAUAAAGUGUUUACUCCAGAUAAAUGUAAAAAACUCCGUGAAAAUCUAUGCAAAAAGUUGAUAAUUAAGUAACUCAAUUCAGCAGAAAAAAGCACGCGUCUAAUGACGUCGUCAUCGUAUAAGUUGUUCGUCUGCUAGUCAAGAAUGAUGAUGGAAUGAAAGAAAAUGUGAAAUAAAGUCUCAGUGGCAUUGCGAAAAUAAUAAAAAAGUGCUAAAUAUGUGAAUUUCUUUCAUCAAAAUAUCGAAAAAAAAAAUAUUUAAAUCUAAAAAUGAAUUCAUCACAAGAGAAUUUCAAUAAUAAUGGUUCCAUUGGGUUGGCAACUUCGGGUGGAACACAGAGUUCCACCCCAUCGAGUGCCAGUGUUUCAGAUAAAACGCAUGCAAAUGCCUCUGCUGGCAAUAACAACAAUAAAAAUGUUGCAGCUAUUAAAACACCUAAGAGCCAAAGCAUUGAAGCCACUAUGACGGCGGGAGCGAUUGUAGUAAAAACCGAUCAAACGAAAAAAUCUUUAGAAGGUGCAGGGAGCAAACGUUUAAUUCGCACAAUUAGACCAAUAGAUGUGCGAAAAUUACAGCAGUCUGGCUUGGAUCGGAAAAUUGCUGAAGCGUUGAGCAAGCAGAAGCAACAAAACACAAAAUUAAAUAAGCUCCCAACAGUGAGUGUUGCUUCGGAAGUCUCCAAACCUCUUACAACUUUUAGUCCAUCCUCAAUAAGAACACAAACUCCAACUUCAGUUACAAAGCCAAAACCAACGCCGAACUCAGCUGCAGCUUCGACAUCAUCCAGUCGUAAAUUACCCAUCGUACCACCGCCACCAACUUCGAAACCGUCACUAGCUGUCGCAGCUGCUACACCCAAGCAAUCGUUUAUGAUGAAACCCAUUGUACCGCCUAAAAUAACCAUAACAGCUCCAGAGGCGUCUAUGACUAGCAAUGAUAACAAGCAAACGCUGCAGACUCAUCAAGAGCAUAUGAAAAAUUUUAGCCCUGAACAACGCAUGAGGCAUGUUAAAAGCUUGCUGCAUAAAAAGCUUUUGCAAAGGCAAAACUCAGGCGAGGGUCAAAAACUUUUUAUACAUCUUAAACCACCUUCUAAUGAAAUAAUAACACCAAAACCGCAACCACCAACACAAGCCUCAUCAUCAAGCUCAUCCUCCUCGCCAUCACCAACGCCAUCUCAAACAAGAUACAAAAGUAGUAAACAACUAUUACAAAUUCCAGAUAAAGCAGCCUUGCAUCCGACUUCCUCAACAAUCCAACCGCCAGAAAUCAGGGUUAUCAAAGAUGGCCAGAUAACACAAUUGCUGCCGACUAAACCUAGAAUUAUAAAUGGCAGCAAACAACAGCUACAAAAAUCUCAAGUCCCGAAUUAUGAAGCCACAUAUAACAAGCAAAGGGCACAGCCACCAGCACCAUUGCCACCAACGCUGGCAAACUUUGAACGUCAAGCACCUGCUCUGCCCACGCAAAAGAGUUUCAAUCAUCAACCAGCACUUCCACGAAAUGAAUGGGCCCACCAAACGUUAUUUAGAAAAUACGACGAUAUGCCUUGCAUGCCAGCCAAAUCCUAUUCUUGCCCCAAUAUGGAGAAGGCAGCGCCAGUUGCACCAACUCAAUUCAGGGAUUAUGCUCCCCAGUUACCAUACCGAGGUCCUGAGAAUUCCGAUGGCAAACAUUGGGUGACCUUACAAGAUCCCGAAAAAAUAGAUGGCAAAUUAGUAGCCACCUCCUUGUCAAGUCUUGACAAUAAAAGCUUUUUACCCUACGCACCCACCAACAGUGGUCAACGAAUUUAUCAUCCAAAGCCUGUUCAAAAUAAUAGCCAAGCACAAUUUUAUUGCAAUGCUUCAACUGGUUCCAACACAUAUUCAUGUGUGGAUAGUUAUUUUACACCAACAACUCCACAAAAUCUUCCAAAUACUCAAGAACCUUCGGUAUUGUCCUACAAUAAACCUCCAGUAACCAAGAUUUUGUUGAAAACUUUGCCCACCCCUUUUAACACGGCGGGUAAGCAGCAAGUAGCUCCUCAAUCACCGAUCAUUAAUGUUAGAAAUUCAGACGAGAUAUUUGAAACCACACCCACAAACAAAUUGCCCACCAAACCAAAAACUCCCCAAAAAUCGCCACAGGAUAUUGCACGCAAACUUAAUUUUGAAAAUAAUUCCCCCAGAGAAGGUGCAGCCACCACAAAUACAGCAUUUAUGAUGCACGAUUUACUAUAUACCAAUACUCCUCCCAAUGGAAUACCAAAGGCCUCCAUUAGGCCUGUUUACACGCCUCCCUCUAUAGCACGGCAGCGCAUAGUGGUGCCAGAUGUUUCUCCCUUGAAGACACCAUUUCCCACCUCAAAUGUGCCCGAGGAGUCACCUUUGCCCAAUAUAGAUACCUUCAAGAAGCCAUAUCCCUUGCCCGAUAAUAGCUAUUACCAAAUGUUGCCAACAGAAACUUCUGAACAAAUAACUAUAAAUUAUCAUGUAGAGGAAUGUCAAACAACUGAUACCAACUCCAAUGCUUCUCCCUCUGAUGAAAUUCAGCCUGAUCAGAGCCAUGAGUAUAAUGAAAUUCCUAGUAUGCAUAUGGCUGCUCCAAAUUCUUUGAUUGUCUUGGAAAAUAAAGUGCUAUCACAAGAUGAAAUGAUUGAUCUGACGGCAUUGCGUUUAUCAACGUCAAAAGUGAAUGCUCGUUUUGCUAGGCCCCAUAAGCCCAUACCCGAAGUGGUGAUAAAACAAGAGAAACCUGAUGAUACCGUCAUUACAGAAAGCGGCCAGACAGUCAAAUCGAAUGCUCAACAUAAUAAAAACAUAGGAUUAACGCUAAUAUCAUCCAAACAAAACCGCAAGUAUAUUGUGAAUGCUUCCAAGCUAAAAUUGCCUCCAGAAAAAAUAGCAGAUCUUGCCAAGAAAAUUGCUGAAAGAACUGCAGCCAAUAGGAGAAACGCUACCAUAGCAGGCCUUGCGCCAAAUGAAAUUAAGAUAAAGGAAGAAACCAGCCAGGAAACAACAAGAAGAGUAUGGAUAAAAACCACUGAGCCUUUGGGGGCCAACAAUGUCAACAAUCAGCAACAGCAUCAGCACCAGCUUAUGUACCAAAAUCCACCACAACAAAUAAUGGGAAAUUUCAUAGACAAUGCCUGCCAACAGACACAGCAACAACAGCAACUUCAGCAACAACAGCAACUUAACAAUUUUGCCAAGAAAAUCUUUCUUAUUGUCAAAAAGGAACCUCAAACAUCCUCAACAACAUCAACCUCAUCUUUAAUGAAUAAUUCUGUUGAUAACAAUUUUCCAUUCAAAUUGGAACCUUCUACCAAACAGGAGCGACGUUCUGCAUCUCCCUCAAAACCCCCCAAGGUUCCUUUCAAAUAUUCACCCACCAAAUUUCGCCAUUCGGCUGCUGAAAUCAUAGACAUAACAGAUGACGAAGCCGAAGAUACAUUCUCCGCAGUAGACUUUAUAGCCUCCCUUAAUAAAGGUAAUCCCAUCACAGAAGAGACCGAACUGGAGCUAUCACCUGAAGAAUUAAACUUAAAUGCUUCAUGUUCUAUGAACUUCUCACCUUUACGUAUACCAUUUUCACCACGCAAAAGUAAAGUAUCCACAUCGCAAACUGAAAAAGCACCUUCGGAAAUAGAUGAAGUUUUAAAAGGAAAUUCUAUAGAUAUUGGAAAAAUUGUUAUGCUGGAUGGAGACAAUAGAGUGGUUAAAAUUGAACCUCAAAAAUUGAGUUUAACAGGAGCAGGCACCACUAGGGAUAAUGAAUCCGUAAUGGUGGACACCAUAGUCAUAGAAAGUUCCAAGGGUCGUGAUCAUGUAAGCCUGCGUAAAUCUGUGGACAAGCCAUUAAAUACCACCUGCCAGGUAGGCGAAGAGCUUCGGGCGAAAAAUCAUAGUAACGGUUUAAAAGAAUGUCAAAAUACUAUUUCACGGGGAGAUAAUGAAGAACUAGAGCCAGAAGAGAUGAUAAGGAUUUCUAGGCAAAAUGCAUCUAACGAAUCUGACGAAAAAUUGCCAAAAGUGCCAGAAACCGAAAAAGCCAUUGCCGAAGAAACUGAUGUAAAUCUUGAAGUUGAACAUAUUACCAACAAAUCUGCCAAAGCCCAUUCCGAAAAUACCAGCAUGUUGAGUUCGAUAAACGGGUCCCAUGAUGAACAAAAUAAUGAGCAAGCUCCUGUGCGAAGCUUACAAGUCAAACAAAUCAGUAUAAAAGUUGUAUCCCCCUCAAAAUUAUCUCCCCUUAAGCAAUCAACAACAAAUAAAUUGUGUAAAAAGAAGGAAAAUUUGGGAGAAGAGGAACCCAAGGCAAAAGAAUACUUAAAAGUCAAAGAAAUGGCAGAGCCUAAGAGGGAAUCAAUUGCUGAAAAUCAGCUGUUUUCAGACAGGAAAGAGGUGGAAGUUAUUAAAGAACUUUUGCCGCAACAAACAAUUGCGAGUACAAUAACGAAUAAAUCUUGCCAAUCUUAUGCAACAGAUAUGCCAACUCAAGAUUUGUCCCUACCAACUAUUGUAGCUGUCCCAGAGAAGGCUAUAAAUUUGAAAUCCAUACUUAAAGUAGGAUCAACUUCAGUGACUGAAUCACCUCAUACAACUGCAUUAGAAGUAACUAAUUCUCAAAAUUCUGCACAGGACACAGCAAUACCCAGUGCUGUACAUGAUACAUCAGGUGCUGUGGAAGGAAAUGUUACUGCUCCCAUUGUCUCCAAGAGAAUAUCUCGCUUCAAAAAAGGUAAAAUUAAUUUGGUGCAACGUAAUAAAGCUUCGCCUGGAGUAAAUAAAGGAGGGCAUUCCUCAGUAACAUCGUCAACUGAAAAGGAAAAUAAACUUGCCUGUGAAACCAAAACAGCUUCUGAUGUUCACAACAAGGAAGGGGAGGAGAAAACGAAUUUAGAUCCCCAUGAGACCUUAAAACAGUCAUUUAGCAUAACGAAUGAAAGAUUAAAAGAAAGGUAUACACCUGAAAUUUUAGCUGCAGGUGAAGCCAUGCUAGAUUUGGCACAACGAUCUCUAAUGACUUCUGGGAAAAGUGUAAGCACGUCAAAUGAAACAAUGGGUGUUGAUCAUAGAAUUUCUUCUCAAGACACCAUAACGAAUACAGAAAUUAUACAUGAAAGUGAUUACCAAGGGCUUACAACAAAUAAGACUGAAAUGGUUACCGAAGACCAGAAUUUCCAAUCUAGUCGGCAAACUGAAGAAAUGCAUAUCAGUAAAACACCAUUAGAACCAGUUGCAAAAACGUUUGAAGCUUCAAAUUUGGAAACAAUACAUGUAGGAGAAAAUGUUCUAAUUUCGAACUCAUCCCAAGCUAAGGUUUUAGAACAGAUGAUGGUGAAAGCGACAUUUCAAGCAAACGAUGAUAACAGUUUGGUUUCUAGCAUAGAUUACAUUGUAACUGCCGAAUCUGCAUCUGAAGAAAUUUCGAACACUUCGCUACCCGCUACAGACGAAAAUAUUAUUCCUCAAGCUUCAUGUCAAGUUUCAAAAUCACCCAAAGAAUUGAAUCUGACAGCAACAAGCUUAGCAAAAGAUGGCAGCAAAAUGGUUUCUAGCAUAGAUUCUGCAGCGUCUUCCAAAUCUGCAGUAGAAGAAACUCUCAACACUUUGCUACCCGUAACAGAUGAAAACAUAAAUCCUCAAGCUUCAUGUCAAGUUUCUCAACUAUCUGAAUCAUUGGCCUUGGCGGCACCAACUCUAGCAAAAGAAGAUAACAAAAUGGUUUCUAGCAUAGAUUACAUGGUAUCUUCCAAAUAUAGAACGCAAGAGACUCCCAACACAUUGCUACCCUUAACUGAAUUUCAUAUAUCUCCACCAGUUUCUAAUAAGAGGGAAAAAAUAAUAGCUGCAGCUGCUACAGAUUCCAAUAUUGCUCAAAAGGAGACAACAAUUGUUGCAACUACUCCAGAACCUACUAUAGUUACUGAAACUUCACAUAAAGUUGCGGAGAAUGAGUUAACGGAAUCCAAGCAUUUAAAUUCACCUAAAAUCAUAACAACUGGAAUGUCAGAAGUUAGCCAAGAAGCUUCUAUAGCAACUACUACAGCAUUGAAUAAGAGUCAAAUAUCUGAUACAGUUUUCAUGGAGCCUCACCAUGAACUCAUCAACUUUAGCGAAAACUCUCCAAAAAUAACAGAAGAAGCUACCCCUAUGCAACAGAAAGUUACAACCCCCACUCAAAUCACAACAGUGGAGAAUGUUUUCUUACAAGAUGAGGAGUCUUCACACCAACAACAAGAUCUCCCUACCAACAAGAUGGACACACAAAGUAAGAUAACUUCAGAUGUGAUGGCAAACGUUAUAGGCCUUAAAGAAUCAAUUACAACCAUUUCCCCUGAGGAUCCCUCAAAUUAUGGCUUUAUUUCUCAACUUCUUCACCCACACCAAAUACCUAAACGUAAAUCCGUAGGCAAAGAAACAAAUGAAAUUUCUCCCCAGUCCUCAGUCACAAUUCCCAAGGAAUUGAGAAAGGCCGCUGUAUCGUUGAUCGAUAUAGUAAAAAAUCCUCCCAAGGAUAUACAGGGAUCACCACCACAAAUACCAUUUAAAAAGAAAGUGGAACCAAAGCCCAAAAUUGUAUCGACAUUGGAAGAAAUUAAGGGUAUUAAGAAUUUGCUAUUGAAAAUAAAGAAAACAGAUAAUACGGAAGAGAAAGGUGAUAGUGUGGAGAAAGAAGAUGAAAACAAUAGAGUAAAUGUAUCAAAGGAAAAUGAAUUGAAAUCUCAAACACCCAAGGAAGUGAUAUCCAAGGAAUUAGUACCAGAAUCAGGGAAUAUAAACACUGAAGCUAAACAAACUUUAGCAAUUGAUUCGAAGACAUUCUGCUUAGCUACAAAAGCAUUCGCCAAAACUGAAACUGCUCCUAUGCAUACUACAUCAUCAGAAACCAAAGAUGAAUCUUUGGAGCCAGCAAAGAAUUCGAAUAAAUUAGAAACAAAAUCUAAAGCUUGUCAUCGAAAACGAAGAAAAUCUGAAGGCGACUUUCAGCAUCCAUCCAAUAACAAAAUUAACGAAGUAGAAAAAUCCCCCUAUGAAGAUAACACUUUGCCAAGUGGUCUCAUCAAGCAACCUUAUAUUCCCAGUCCCAUACGAAGAAGAAGAUCUACAAGGCUAGGUUUGUGUAGCUUGGCUGAAGACAGUACUGAGAAUUUAACAAAUAAAACCAAAGCAAAGGAACAAAAAGUCCCAGAAACAAAAGUCUCAAAAACAACAAGGAGACAGCAAAAGUCCAUGCCAGAGCUUAAGGAAGAAAUUUUCAAUAAGGCUAAGGGAGAUCAAACGAUUUCUCCAAGAACAACCGAUACUCUUUUCGAUACUAUCAAAAAUACAGAUACCGCCACGACCAGAAGAACAAGAUUUUCCUCUAAACCCUGUGAUUUUGAACAAUUAAGAACCAGAGACAAGGACGCUGGUUUAUGCUCCAACUUCCUGGAUGUGGAGGCAUCUUAUCCAGACAGCAAGGAAGAAGAAAUUAAAACACCUCCCGCAUCCAAUCAACGUAAAAGGUUGCGCAAAACCUUGAAUGAUAUCAAAAAAUCUCAUAAAAAGAACAGUAGUGACUCUGAAGACGAAGAAAGAGAUUUUGAUACAGCGCAUGAUGGUGAGAUACCAACCACAGACUUUUUAGGUUUCGAUGACAAUUCCGUAGGAUAUAAGAAAAAUCGUAAUACCAACAUGGAGGCUGAGAAUGGAAAAAAUUCCCCCAUUAAUGCAUCCACAACAAAAGGUGGCACUUUGAAAAAUUGGCUGACCACAGGAAAGGCCAUUUCACCAACGUCUCCCAAAGAAGGGAUAUCAAAACGACUGCGGCAUGAUAAAAAAUCGGAAGCUAUAUGUGGGAUACCCUUGAAAAAACGUCGUUGGGAAGCUUGUCACAAAGCCAUUACAACCUUUGUAGAGACUGAUAUUACUGAUGAUGAGUCACCAGCAAAUGAUGAAGAUAAUGAUUUGUUAGAGAUUAAGCACAAUACAAGAAAUGUAAAGACUGUGAUGAUGAAUAGUAGCCAUAAGCCGGCAGCAAAACCUAAAAGAAUCAAAUUAAAUGUAGAUGGUGAGAGUCUUCAAACCAUAAAACCUGCCUUUAUAGAACCCAAGCCAAUGCCAACUUUGGUUAGAAGCAAAGUUUCAGAAACCGAUUCUGAUACACCGAUAUGGUCUGGCAAGCGUAUUAAGAAACCCAGAAGACGUUUGAUAUCGGAUGAUUUCAAAGAUGAGUUUAAAAAUACAACGAUAGAGGUAUUAGAAGCUAAGACAGAGGAGCAGCUGAGAACAGCAGAAGUGCCAAAGAAAAGUCAAAGUAUAGCUAAAACAAAGGAAGCCAAAGAGAGCACAGAUACUAAGGAUGAUAAGAUUGAGGCCAACAAAGAGGAGAUAAUUGUUUCGAAAACCAAAAAGAAAAGGGGGCGAAAAUCUUUAAAGGAGCGCGAAGAGCUUAAAACUGAAAGUUCAAUUAUCACAUCGGCUAUAGUCGACAAUAGUCCCGACCCUAAGGAGGUGUUGCCUAAGGAAAAUAAAACUGAAACUCCCAUUAAAGAUAAUGCAAAAUUGGAAGAAGUAACUCCCAAAGUAAAAGGCAAACGAGGUAGAAAAAGAAAAGCACCCGCUGAAGAGUUAAGCGUUGAAACAAAGCAGGACACCACCCCGAUAACUUCUACACCAACUGCUGCUGGAAUUACGCGAACUCCUGGCAGAGCAAGAGUUGCAACUGAUAAUCCUUUUAAUCCACGCCUAUUGCUCAUAAGAAAACGAGAGCAACUAGAUUCCAAUGAAGUUCUAACAGAGGCAAACAGCGGAAGUGGUCCUGUACAGUGUGGUCUUUGCUUAAAAAGGACAAAGGAGGCUAAAUGGGUGACUCAUUUGGCAGAACAUUAUGGCGUUGGUUGGCAAGUGGGGGAACAAGAAAUGAAUGUAAAUUAUCGUCCAGCUGUUAUAAAUUCCAUUACGGGCUAUAUAAAAGACACCGAAAUCAAAGGUGUUAACUGCCGCAUGUGUGGUAGACUGUAUCGUUCUGGUUUGGGAAUGAUCAUGCACAUAGAGACUUGUGGCUUGGAGAGACAACGUGUGGAUUGUGAAUUUUGUCAUAGAAAUUAUUCAAGCACCUCUUAUGUAGCACAUGUGCGUUUAUGUCCCGCAAGAAUAAAACUUUCCAAAUCACAAUAUGAGCCAACAAAUAAAGAAGGCGAAGAGGAACUUUUAACUGCUACCGGUAGGGCGAAACGUCAUUCUACCAUAAGGGCCGAAACAAGACUGAAACAAAUGGGAGAGGAAAUUCUAAAGGAAAAAGAAGACUCCCCAGAUUUCAAUGCUUUGGAUUAUGUUAAAUACAAUGGUCCUUUGGGCGAAGAAGUACGUCAAAAAUGGUCAAGUGAUAUUGGGAAAUUCGAUAAGGCUUUUUGUCCCAAAAAAAUGUGCACCUUUGUCAGUGAUAAACUCGAAGAGCUAGAGGAUCAUAUAACAAAGUGUCGUUAUGUUAUGAAGGUGGGUUAUUAUUGUGCCUUUUGUAAGCAUCGUUACUUUGAAAACGAAAAGAAAGCCAUCCAACAUGUCUUGGAAGCACAUAAAUCAAGUGAAGAUUUCAUGGGCUCCGAUUCGGACUGUGACAUUAAAACGGGUGAUGAGGCUUCUACAAAUGGUGAAGACGAUGAUGAAGAUGAUAAUCUAUCUGAAGAGGCCGAUGAUGGUGAUAUGGAGAAUAGUAGCAAAUCUGCUGCGCGAAAAACUCCUAAACAGAAAAGAAGCAGAUCAUCAAAGCCUAGAUGUCCUCCCAAAUCCAAUGCAGCUGCUGUCAUAUUGCGCAAAAGGGUUUUCCAAAGACGUACCCGUGAUGGACCCGCCGAGAUUGUACAUCAAAAAUGGCACAGCUUCACAACAUCCAACUAUACCUCCGAGGUUUUGUUUAAUGACUUUAAAAGUCAUCAUUCAGUGUUAGAAACACAACAGUACACCAAACAUUUGCCCUGCCAAGAAAUAUCGAUGAAAUUUGUCUUGUCAACUUCAACGCAACUACACUCAAGUAUAGGUGAACCACAAACAGGUUUGGAAUGGCAACAGAUUCAACGUUUUCAAACUAUAAAUAAUGCAAAUGAUACCUUUCUCUUUGUGGGUUCUCCUGUUAUAUGCUGUCAAUGGUUGCCUCUGCCCGCCAAUGCUACAGAACAAUAUCUGUUGGUUGUAUACCGCAAAGAUAUGUUCAAAUAUACCAAACUUCUCAAUCCCAAACGUCAUAGAAGUAGUCUUUUGAUUUUUAAAGUUACUCAAGAAAAACAUGGUAAAAAGAGCAGAAAUCCACAUAUACAACUUCAUUAUGGUGUCACUAUAGAAAAUGCUCCCAUCUACAAUAUAUCAUUCCUGCCCAGUGGUGGUUAUAAUCAAGAUGAAAAUCGUUUGGGUUUAGUUGCUGUAGCAUCGGUGGAGAGCAAUAUUAAGGUGUAUAGUUUACCGCUGAAAUUGCAGAAAAAUAAACAACAGGAUGAUAUACCUUUGAUAAAGAUUGCACCUAGUUUUGAAUUAAAAUUAGAUCUUUUAGAUCAGGAAGAAACAACGAAGCAUGUACUGAUGGAACCUCAAUGUUUGCAGAUACAUUGGUCACAGUAUGCCGGUCACAAUCAUAUCUUUGCCAGCUUUUCAAAUGGCUUCGUCGGCAUAUGGGAUAUAACAAAUGAUUCGCAAGAGAAUCUGAACCGUUUUGAAAUGAAUGGUGGCGAAUCUAUACAAUAUACUCCUUUAAAUUAUUUCUUUACAGGAGAAAAGGGAAUAAAGCAUUUUGCUUUGCAUUACGAUCCCAUGGGACCCAGAUGGCUGGCUGUAAAUACUUUCUGUCGAAAAUUUGUUAUAUAUGAUAUAAGAAACUUAACGCAACCAAUACCUUUGAAAGAAGACUAUGCAAAAAAUAUUGUACGCUGCAUGGACUGGUGUCCUCUAUGGGAACCUGUAAUGGUUGCCUACUGUGAUUCAAUUCCUAAUAAUGGUCGUUGCGUUCUCAAUAUAAAUCCCACAAAUAUCAUGUUUCAACAACAAAGACUGGAUAAUUUCGUUAGUGCUGUUACUGGCAUCCAUUAUACACCAAUCAGCAACAUGUGCGUGGCCUCAGUCGAUAAUGGUGAUAUUUUGUUUAUGGACCCCAGAGAAAUACACUAUGAACAUGUAGUGGGUAAAAAAUUUGGAGAAAGAAGAAUACUAACCUCCAUGGAUGUUAAACAAUUGGAUGGUAAACCCAUACAAAGAGUUAACAACAAUAAAAAGAAUGAAUGUAAAGAUCUUGAAGGCGAAUGGUGUAUGCAUGAAUACGAUUACAAAGAGAAAUAUGGAUUGGUAUUUAAACCAUUAAUGAAGCUCAGGGAAUCAAUGAAAAAUGCUUAUUUCAAUGUUAACCGUAGAGCUCCCCUUAACAUUACCCCUUAUAUGCGCAUCAAUGCACUACGUUGUAAUUUAAAUAAAGGUGCUAAACAUUUGGUUGCUGCCGGCUAUGAAAAUGGUUUCAUACGUAUAAUUUAUUUUAAUAAAAAUACCCAAUUUCAAAAUUGGUAAACAUCAAAUAUUAAUAUGUACAUAACUUAUACAUAGUUUAUAGUAUUUAGUCUAAGUAGUUAUUAAUGCAAUAUUAAUUUUUUUAUUAAUUUAUUUAACUUUUUUAAUGGACCCUAAGAGAUUUUUACCGCCUGUAUUU